GCGAUGCGGCAGCUAUAGUCGACGGCCGUGGCUUUAUGAUGCCGUUGCUCGAUAAACUGCUACCCACGAGGAAAAGUGCACGCGACGGUGCCGAGAGCUUGGUGCGGUCCAGUGCGCGAACAUCAGCUGAGAAUGACGGAGAUUAUAUGCUGCGUCUCGGAGCAGAUCAAGUGCGAAUUCUGUUAUUUCGAGAAUGCGAAUGGCGCGGCAGGAAGCUGCUGUUCGAUUCGAUGACAUUGCAGAAACAGCGAAGUAAGAGCGAAAUUGUGCGCGCCGCGGCGAGCAACAAUGCGGAGGGAAAGUGCGAGGCGCCCUUCAACAUAGGGACUACUACCCGCGACUUCGAGCCUGAGAAGACGGCCGAAGAUGAUGUGAGCUUGCUGAGCGAGAUGGUGUUUGGCACCGUGGCGAUGACGUACAGAGGAUCGUCUUUCAAGGUUCACUCAAUGAAUUCCCCACCGUGCAUCAUGUGCGCGAAGAUCUUUUCGGCAACGGAGCACGGCGCGUGCAAGCCGAGCGAGAGGGUGUCUGACGAAGGAUUGGGUCGCUCUGUGCGCGUAGAUUCCGCUUCCAGCAACGCCAGCACGCGAUCUUUUUUGUCCCGACCGAGCUCCGGCAAUUUGUCUGGCAACGACCUACACACAACGCGAAAGAGCUCAACAUGUUCGAGUCUUGGCAGCGGUUGGGACAUAGACGUGGCUCUACCGACGGGUAGUUCACAGUCGUUGGAGAGCAACGGAUCGUCUGGAGUCGGUAGUCUGUCCAGUUUACGAAGACGAUGGCUUAGGGCGAUCUCAACCUCCCUCGGACGAUCAGACUCUGAUGAUGCUUUCGGGAUGCAGCACUGGAAUGAAAAUGGAAGCGACGGGCGUGAUGGACACGCGAAACGUCACAAGACCAGACUGGGUUUGGCGAUUUUGGUGCGCUUGGCUCAAGGCCACGAGAGCAAGAUAGAGACGCGGCUUUUGGAACACAUGGCCCUCUUAGAGGGGAUGCUGGAUCGUUUGCGCUAUUUUUGCAUCGAGACCGGCAACGUCCACGGUUGUAAGGGGAUACAGCUGGCCGACAGGAUAUACAGGGCGACGUCGCGAUUUGUCGUCUCACUGCUGCACGCGCUUCUCAACGUCCGGAUCGACAUGGGUUCGUGCGCUCCUCUGCUCUGGCACGACGUUCUGCUGCACUCUGUGACAAUGAAGGUGAACACUGACACCUUGCAUCGCAGUUUGCAACAGAUGUGUGAGUUAUUCGACGAGCUCGACACGAAGUCGACGAAUUUCUUCCUGAGCACCGUGGUGACCGCCGUGUUAACAUACCAUCUCGGUUGGGUCUACACCGUGCUGUCUCCGCGCGAUCGUCAAAUGAUAGAAAAACUGGGCAGCUGGUACUCUUGCAAUCCGCUAUGGGUACAGCUGGGCGACUUGUACGGCGCGUUAGGUAACCCUGUGAAAGUGGCGCACACCGUGAUCGCAGGCGAUCCCCGAAAGGGCGAACUGAUCAACUCCGUCUUAUCGUUUCUGUCGUACUUUAUUCGCAGCGGUGUGAUACGGAAACGUCGGGAAUACCGUUGCUCGUCACAACGAGAUCUUCAAGAGGCAACUAGCCUGUUGGAGCAAGCUCGUAGCAAACGUCCAUACCUGUUUAGCAACAGGAGGUCAACUUGCGCGUUCAACGAACGAGACACGUCGGGUCUUCGACGAGGUGGCGAGUCGCGCGUUUUGCCAUCGCGCAAACCGACGAUACGAUCGUCUGAUACGGGAACCGGCGAUGUUAACGCGCCUCGAUGUAUCACCGCGCGGUAUCCUGCGGAACGGCCAAGGAUCUCCGGGCCCGCUAGUCCCCUGAAGCGUAGCGGCACCAUGAAAUCCGACCUUGACACGCUGAUGACAAAAUCGAUCGAGACGAUCGAGGUUUCAGACUUCAAGUUUCCAACGAAGCAGACGACCGCGUCGCGCGAGCCUCAUGACGACAACAAGUACGAAUCAUUGUUGAACAAUCCACUGACCAAGGACAAGGACGCGAGUCUCGCGUCCAGCAAGGUGAAGAUAAUCGUCAGCGAGAUCGGAGACUCGCAAGAGGAUUCUGUGGCGAAGGAGUAUCAGCGAGAUUAUCCGCAAUGUCCGUUGCAGAGCUUCGAGAAGAAGCUAGACUCACACGCCGAUACUGAAGAAAGUCUCGCGACCGGCAAAACCGAACCGUAUCAGUUCAGCAACUACGUAGACCCGCUGAAGAUGUACUUCAACCGACCCGAAUAUCCGCUCAACGCGGAAAGCGGAUUUGCCGAUGAAAGUAAGGAAUCCUCGCCGCAGGUUUUCUUCACACUCGGCGGCGAAGACAAGUUCGCAAAGACGUUACCGUCGAGACCAUGGCUCGGUAACAGUUGUCAAUGCUCGUACACGUUUACGAGAGUGCCGAGCACGUCGGCACAGCUCCCGGAAGGCGUGUUGCGAAAGAUCAUCCAGCGAAACUUCCCGGAGUCGUCCAAGAGCAUACAGCCGCCGCCUGGUGCGGCGUCCGGUAUGGGUGCAAGGUCUAUAGGUUUCUGUUUGAGGUGCAAUGGUCAAGGGUAUGCCGCCACUCAGGAUUAUGACGGUAACAAGCAAGUUCUAGAGACGCCGACGAACGCAACGGAAGUGUUGCGCACGUGCGGCAACUCCGUAGGUGACAGAACCGUAAGAAUGUCGCGAUCCAACAGCCUGGAAGCUCUGAUGGAAGCCAACAGCGUCGUGGAACUGCCAAUGCCGAGAUCGAGGAAGGUCUUGCCGAGCAAAACUGGCUUGGCUGAAGAGAUGGGUUUCACGAGAACUCUUCUGCGGAAUAGGAUAACAAAUGAUGAGACGAACGUCUUAGACACGGGCUAUACAUGGGGCUUGGUGCUGCAAGGUGUGAUUAAGAAGAAGAAGAGAAGAAAAAAGAAGAUCUCGGAAGACGAGAGAGACAAUGGCGAGACCGAGUUGAAGGAGGACUGGUGGUCGUGUAUGCGCGAGGAAGUCGCGGCCAGCGCUCGAUUCCCGACGAUCGAUCAGCCAGUUGCUGAAGCGCUAUGUGUGCUAGCCGACCUAGAUACAUGGCACGUCGGCAUCUUAUCGAACAACGCGCCUUGGCAAAAUCCGCCCUUGCCGGUGGGCAUGUCGCGUCUAGUGUCGAAUAUGUUGGAAUCCUUCGCCUACAUGUGGCGAAAGUACCACUCUCCUACCUACUGCAUAGCAAUCUUGGAAGCCAAACUGAGGGAACUGUGGUUGAGGAGCGAGGCUUUGGCGGAGAUGAUGAUGUCUGUGCAAGAGUGCGACGCCAACGUGAACAGCCUGACCAACGCUCUCGAUCUCGAUGCAGCCGACAUACCGUUGCUGCUUGCCGUCGCGACUACUCAUUCGCCGGAAAUAGCGCAACGAUUUGGGCUUACGCUAACAUAAAUCCGUUUGAUUGCGUCUCGCGACAGACGCUCCUCUUCUCCUUACGUUGUUUCGUCGAGAAAAAGAAAAUAGAUGCUUCCUCCGUAGCGUGUAUCGAUGCGUGUAACUGAUGCUUGGACACUUGCUCGAAGUCAUCGCCGAGACUUUUGAUUUAAGUCGAAGGGAACUAACGAUUUUCUCCGCUCAGUACAUAGCGUAAUCUAUAUGAUAGAUAGCGAUAUAUUCAAUCGUAAAUUAAAUUAUCGAAGCACGCUACAGAACGCUACGGUUUAGUCGCGCGCACUCGCAGCCACCGUGCGUUUUGUAGCGAAUUACACGUCUCUUGCUAAUCCUAAUUAAUGUAAUGCGUAAUUAUGUGUAUUUUCGAUUUUUUACACGACUCAUGUGAGCUUGCGUUGUAUGCGCACUCGAAGUGCGCUCCGAGUGAAUAAUAAAGUCCGAAUGAGCUUUUUUA